UUGAAGGACAUCACCAUUUGGUUUAGAGAAGGAAGAUUGGUUUUACUUGCCGCCUAACGCUUGCCGCUGGUUUUCACCCGAUUUAAGUCUCCACAGACCGCAGUGCUCUAAUAGAUACGUCCGCUGUCUUUGUCCGUGAACAAUGUCAAGUCCUAUUGCCCAACCACAGCCUAUCCAUGCCUCCGCGAAGAAGACGAGCCAGAGCUCAGAGGAGCUCUUCACUGAUUUGUCAGUGAUAUCACCACACAUCUCUCCAACACAGUCUGUACCUUCCACACCACUGGGGGUACCUGUUGUUGAGACUGAACACAUUGCGAGACAGAGAGAGCUGCUUCCUGAGGCCAAAUUACCCGAGGUCCAGUGCGUUGCAAGGGCAAGGAUCCCAACAACACAAGGACAGGAGAUCUUUCUACACCUCUAUUCCAACAAUGUUGAUAAUAAGGAGCAUUUGGCGAUCGUGUUUGGCGAAAAGAUCCGCUCCAAGACUCUGUUUAGGCGCCGUGAAGGCGAGACACAGAGCGACCGUAUGACAAGAGGCGCGUAUGUCGGUAGAUUACGACCAGGACGUACUCUGGCAGAUAAGGAUCAAGCCACAGGCGAGGUGGCCCAGUUCGACGACGAUGGGUUCCUCGUACAGCCUAAACUAUCGCCAGAAGAGAGAGCGACACUGGUGAGAAUCCACUCGGAAUGUUACACCGGUGAAACCGCUUGGAGUGCAAGAUGCGACUGUGGUGAACAGUUUGACGAGGCCGGACGUCUGAUGGGGAAAGCUGGCCGUGGGUGUAUCGUGUAUCUCAGACAAGAAGGCCGUGGUAUCGGAUUGGGCGAGAAGCUGAAGGCCUACAACCUGCAAGAUCUAGGUGCUGAUACGGUGCAGGCAAACUUGCUCCUCAGACAUCCGGCAGAUGCAAGAUCGUUUUCAUUGGCAACGGCUAUACUCCUAGACCUAGGGCUCGAUGAGAUAAAGCUCCUCACCAACAAUCCAGAUAAGAUUGUUGCAGUCGAAGGGAAGGAUCAGCUCGUCAAAGUUGUUGAAAGGGUGCCAAUGGUUCCACUCGCGUGGAAGAAUGGAGGCAAAGAUGGUAUAAAGAGUAAAGAGGUGGAUGGAUACCUAAGAACAAAAAUUGAAAGAAUGGGACAUCUCCUACAAAAACCAAUCAAUAUAUAACGGGAUGAGUUCCAGCCUUUAAAACUACCAUGAGCAUACGCCUUGUUGUAGGUGAUU